AUGGCGGGUGCCACAACUGACCAUGGCCAAGGCCGUGCAGCGCGUAAACCUUCCGUUGAUCUGAUCAAUGAGAACGAAAGCGCGUCCACCAUCCGGGGAGACGAGUCUCCUCCCAAACAAAGCAAACAACCCAGCGCGACCCAAAGCACCCCCGAAAGUAUGAACGACGGCUGGAGUCUUCUUUCAGAAGUCAAACAGCGACACCAACGCGACCUGGAUUCUGGCUUCAAGAAUAAGCAUCUAGGCGUCACUUGGCAAAACCUCAAUGUCGAAGUCAUCAGUGCCGAGGCUGCUGUUCAGGAGAACGUGCUCUCGCAGUUCAACAUCCCAACCAAGAUCCGUGAGUCUCGGAACAAGCCAGCUCUGCGCACCAUUCUCCACAACAGCCAUGGGUGUGUUAAGCCCGGUGAAAUGCUCCUCGUUCUCGGCCGUCCUGGAUCCGGCUGUACCACCCUCUUGAAGAUGCUCGCCAAUCACCGUGCCGGGUACAAGUCGAUUCAAGGUGACAUCCAUUACGGCUCCAUGGAUGCCCAGGAGGCCAAGCAGUUCCGCGGCGAGAUCGUCAUGAACACUGAGGAAGAGCUCUUCUUCCCUACUCUUUACUCAUCCCGUCUGGAAUCCAAGAAAUUCCUUCUCGAAGCCUUGAACAUUCCCCACACCACCGACACCAAGGUUGGGGAUGAAUAUGUGCGUGGUGUCUCCGGGGGUGAACGGAAGCGAGUAUCGAUCGCCGAAACAUUUGCGACUCGUGGAUCUGUGUUCUGCUGGGAUAACAGCACCCGUGGACUGGAUGCAAGCACAGCCCUGGAGUGGACCAAGAUUGUUCGUGGUCUGACCGACACCCUUGGUCUCACCUCUAUCGUCACUCUCUACCAAGCUGGUAAUGGUAUCUAUGAACUUUUCGACAAGGUGCUUGUUCUCGACGAGGGAGAGCAGGUAUACUAUGGGCCCAGGGCCGAAGCCCGCCCUUUCAUGGAAGAGGCCGGCUUCGUUUGCCGUGAGGGCUCUAAUGUUGCUGACUUCCUCACCGGUGUGACUGUUCCACACGAGCGUCGCAUCCGUGAUGGCUACGAGAACCAAUUUCCACGGAACAAGGCUGCGCUACGAGAGCUCUAUGAGAAUUCGCCUAUUCAUGAACGCAUGAUCGCCGAAUACGGCUACCCGACUGAGGAUGCCACUCGAGAGCGCACUGAGGAAUUCAAAAAAGCAGUGGCUUUCGAGACUUCCAAGCGUCUUCCCAAGGGUAGCCCCUUCACAGUUGGGCUUCCUGAACAGGUCAAGGCUUGUGUCAUUCGUCAGUACCAGAUUCUCUGGGGAGAUAGGGCUUCUUUCACUGUCAAGCAAGUUGCGACUUUGAUGCAAGCCUUGAUUGCCGGAUCACUCUUCUACUCUGCCCCUAACAACUCUGCCGGUCUGUUUGUCAAAUCCGGCGCAUUGUUCUUCUCGCUCCUGUACAACAGUCUGUUAGCCAUGUCGGAGGUCACAGAUUCCUUCAGUGGUCGUCCUGUUUUGAUCAAGCACAAGGCUUUCGCAUACUUCCACCCCGCGGCAUUUUGUUUUGCUCAGAUCGCAGCCGACAUUCCUGUUCUCCUGUUCCAAGUUAGCAUGUUCUCGGUGGUCGUCUACUUCAUGGUUGGCCUCACCAUGUCUGCUGGAGCGUUCUUCACUUACUGGAUUCUGGUGUUCUCCAACGCAAUGACCAUGACUGCCUUGUUUCGUGCAGUCGGUGCCCUCUUUUCGACUUUCGAUGGAGCUUCAAAGGUUUCUGGAUUUCUCAUCGCAGCUCUGAUCAUGUAUACCGGUUACAUGAUUCACAAGCCAGAGAUGCAUCCGUGGUUUGUCUGGAUCUACUGGAUUGACCCUCUCGCAUACGGAUUUGAGGCGCUCCUCUCGAACGAGUUUCACUCCAAAAUCAUCCCCUGCGUUUUCAACAACCUGAUCCCCCACGGUCCCGGAUAUGAUAAUUUGGCCCAUGCGGCUUGCUCGGGUGUUGGUGGGGCUUCUCCUGAUGCUACAUCACUCACUGGCGAUCAGUACCUGGCGUCUCUUUCCUACAGCCACUCCCACCUCUGGCGCAAUUUCGGUAUCAACUGGGCUUGGUGGGCUCUUUUCGUUGCAGUAACGGUUCUUGCCACAAGUCGAUGGAAGAACCCCGGUGACGACGGAAGUACCUUGGUCAUUCCCCGUGAGCGCUUAGGGAAGCAUCUUCAGAAUAUCAAGGCCGAUGAAGAGUCUCAGUUCGAUGAGAAGUCUCAGAAACCAUCGAAUGGGGAUGCCAAGGAUACCCAGCAUAUUGACAACCAGCUCAUUCGUAAUACCUCUGUCUUCACGUGGAAGGAUCUAACCUAUACCGUUAAGACCCCCCUAGGUGAUCGUGUUCUUCUCGACAAAGUAUUUGGAUGGGUCAAACCCGGCAUGCUCGGUGCUCUGAUGGGAUCUUCCGGUGCGGGAAAGACUACCCUGCUUGAUGUUCUUGCUCAACGAAAGACCUCCGGGACAAUCACGGGUUCCAUCAAGGUUGACGGCCGAGACCUACCUGUGAUGUUCCAGCGCUCUGCCGGAUACUGUGAGCAACUCGAUGUGCUGGAGCCCUUUGACACCGUCCGUGAAGCCCUCCAAGACUCCGCUGCACUUCGUCAACCUCGCGAAACUCCUCUGAGUGAGAAGCUGGAAUACGUGGAGACCAUCAUUGACCUUCUGGAACUCCACGAUAUCGCAGAUACCCUCAUUGGCCGCACAGGGGCUGGGCUGAGUGUGGAACAACGGAAGCGUGUUACUAUUGGAGUUGAGCUAGUCGCCAAGCCGAGUAUCCUAAUCUUCUUGGAUGAGCCAACCUCCGGUCUCGAUGGACAGUCUGCCUUCAACACGGUUCGCUUCUUGCGAAAGCUAGCGGAUGUUGGCCAAGCCGUUCUUGUCACCAUUCACCAGCCUUCUGCCCAGCUUUUUGCCGAGUUUGACACAUUGCUUCUGCUCGCUGCUGGUGGAAAGACUGUUUACUUUGGUGAAAUUGGCGACAACGGUCGAACCGUGAAGGACUACUUUGCCAAGUAUGGAGCCCCUUGCCCGGUCAACUCUAACCCCGCCGAGCACAUGAUCGAUGUGGUCUCUGGCCACCUGAGUCGAGGAAAGGAUUGGAGUGAAGUGUGGCUCAAGUCUCCCGAGUGCGAGAAGGCCGUCCAAGAACUUGAUGAAAUCAUCGAAACCGCUGCUUCGAAGCCGCCAGGUUUUGUUGACGAUGGCCUUGAAUUCGCAUCCCCACUCACGUACCAGACCAAGGUUAUCACUACCCGCAUGAGCCGUUCGCUCUUCCGGAACACCGACUAUGUCAUGAACAAGGUUGCUCUCCACAUCGGAUCCGCGCUUUUCAACGGUUUCUCUUUCUGGAUGAUUGGUGACAGCGUUGGAGACAUGCAGCUUCGUCUCUUUACCAUCUUCAAUUUCAUCUUUGUUGCCCCCGGUGUCCUCGCCCAGCUACAGCCCCUCUUCAUCGAGCGUCGCUCCAUCUACGAGCAACGUGAGAAGAAGUCGAAGAUGUACUCUUGGAAGGCAUUUGUCACCGCUUUGAUCGUGUCCGAGAUCCCAUACCUUUGCAUCUGUGGUGUCCUGUACUAUGUUUGCUGGUAUUACACCGUGGGUUUCCCCACGGACUCGAACAAGGCGGGCGCGACUUUCCUGAUCAUGCUUCUGUAUGAGUUCGUGUACACCGGUAUCGGUCAGUUCGUGGCUGCGUACGCACCCAAUGCGGUCUUUGCUUCUCUCAUCAACCCUCUGAUUAUCGGUACCUUGGUCUCUUUCUGUGGUGUCUUGGUGCCAUACAGCCAAAUCCAAGCAUUCUGGCGGUACUGGAUCUACUGGAUGAAUCCGUUCAACUACCUCAUUGGUGGUAUGCUCGUUUUCACCGUCUGGGACACCGACAUCCAUUGCAAAGAGAGCGAAUAUGCCAUUUUCAGUCCUCCGAACGGAUCGACCUGCGGCGACUACCUGGCCAACUACCUGCGUGGCAUGGGUGCCAGUGCCCACCUGGUCAAUCCAGAGUCUACUGACAAGUGCAAGGUCUGCGAGUACACCCACGGAAGUGACUAUCUCAAGACACUCAACCUCAAAGCGUACUACUACGGAUGGCGCGAUAUAGGGAUCGUCGCUAUCUUCGCCCUCAGCUCGUACGCGCUCGUCUACCUUCUCAUGAAGCUACGUACCAAGGCGUCAAAGAAGGCUGAGUGA